AAAAAAUAACUUUAAAUAACUUUUGUAAAUUGUUCAAACAAUCAUGAUGUGCAGUGUGGGAACUUUUCAGUUCCCGAUUUCCUGUCUUCGGUUCUUUAAACCCCAUUGAUAUGCGACUUUUGUAUCAGGCAAUCGAUUUUACUUGCCCUUUCAAUGCAUCGGGGUUUUGCGUCAAAGAUGUUCGGUGCUCAAAUUGUAUCGAUCGAAGGGAGUUCGCAUGCUUCCAUUUCUGUAUUGUGAUGUAGUAUAUGCCUCAAGUUGUUGCUGCAGCUAGUGCAUCUGUAUGGAGCCAAGAAUUGGACCCGCAUUGCUGAAAAGUUCCCUAUGAGAAUUGGGAAGCAAUGUAGAGAGAGAUGGCAAAAUUAUUUGAGGCCAAAUAUCAUGAAAAAUGCAUGGACCGAAGAAGAAGACAAGUUACUAAUUUCAUUACACCAACAAUUCGGCAACAAAUGGGCAGAUAUAGCAAGAAGGAUGCCAGGAAGGACAGAAAACAACAUCAAAAACCACUGGAAUGCGACAAAAAGAAAACAAUUUUUAAACAAGAAUCAUGAAAAGACCAAAAACCCCUCCUCCCUUUUAAAAGAUUACAUCACAAGCAUUACUUCUUCCUCUUCACCCAAUCAUCAAAUCAACAUCCAGCAAUCACCACCCCCGGUGGUGGAUCACACCACAACUGAUUCCGAGGUUGGUUAUAAGCCUGCUGAGCUGGCACCUGAUGAAAGGGAUGUUGAUUUUGAUUUUGAUGAUGUGUCAUCUCAAUUGGUUGAUGAGUUGGUGUUUGAUCCAACAAAGGAGAUGGAUUUUCUGAAAUUGUUCUGUCAGUAGUUUAAUUGCUGGGUUUUGGAUUCGGGUUUCGGUUAUUUCAUUUCUUGCGGUUUUUAUUGGGAUUGUGAACUUGAUAUGAAUUAAGUUUGAAUUAGACAGUUUGUUUGUUUUAGGAAGUAAUUGAUAUGUCAAAUAAAUUUGAAUCUGAAAGAAUGGGAAUUUGACUUUGAAUGAUUCAUAAUUUGAUAGUUUGAAUA